AUGAGAGAAUAUAAACUUGUUGUCUUGGGCUCAGGAGGUGUUGGUAAAUCAGCCUUGACAGUUCAAUUUGUUCAGUCUAUCUUUGUAGAAAAGUACGACCCAACGAUCGAAGACUCAUAUAGAAAACAAGUUGAAGUGGACGGACACCAAUGUAUGCUCGAAAUAUUAGAUACGGCAGGCACAGAACAAUUUACUGCUAUGCGUGACCUUUAUAUGAAGAAUGGACAAGGAUUUGUGCUUGUAUUUUCGAUUACAAGUCAAGUUACUCUGACUGAUCUUGAUGAAAUAAGGGAACAAAUCAUUCGAGUGAAAGGUUCUGACAACGUUCCUAUGGUAUUAGUUGGUAACAAGUGUGAUCUUGAAAACGAAAGAGUUGUUUCAAGAGAGAAAGGAAUGAUCUUAUCACAACAAUGGGGAGGCAAACCAUUUUAUGAGACGUCAGCAAGGUUUAAAAUAAAUGUAGAUGAGGUGUUUUAUGAUGUUGUUCGACAAAUUAACAAACAAAACCCAUCAAAAGAUAAAAUGAAAAGAAAAUUCAAGUGCCUUAUUCUCUAA